UUAAAGCUGCAAUGGAGAGACAAGAUCCGACUCAAUAAUGCCAUCUGGCGGGCGUGGUAUAUGCAGUACUUGGAGAAACGGAAGAAUCCUGUGUGCCACUUUGUGACUCCAUUGGAUGGCUCUGUGGAAGUGGAUGAGCAUCGCCGGCCAGAGGCCAUCACCACUGAAGGGAAGUACUGGAAACAUCGAAUUGAGAUUGUGAUCAGAGAAUAUCACAAGUGGAGAACAUACUUCAAAAAAAGGCUACAGAAGCACAAGGACGAGGACCUGUCCAGCCUGGUCCGGGAUGAUGACCUGCUUUUCUGGCAUAAGAGUGGGGAUGGGUGGGACACCCCAGUCCCCAUGGAAGAGGACCCACUCUUGGACACAGACAUGCUCAUGUCAGAAUUCAGUGACACCCUCUUUUCCACUCUUUCAUCGCAUCAACCAAUGGCUUGGCCCAACCCACGGGAAAUAGCACAUUUGGGAAAUGCAGACAUGAUCCAACCUGGACUAAUCCCUCUACAGCCAAACUUUGACUUCAUGGACACAUUUGAACCUUUCCAGGACCUCUUCUCAUCCAGCCGCUCCAUCUUUGGCCCUACACUUGCUGGACCUACUGUUUCAACUGCUGCAGACCCCAGUAGCCCACCAGCACAGGGACCCAUCCUUUCAGCUAGUGCUCUGCCCACUGUGAGCCUCCCUGACAGCCUCAUUGUUACACCAGGGCCAGCCUCCCUAAGCCCCACAGAAAGACGAAGCUGCGAGCGUGGGCCCCGACUUGGGGGCCCUUUCAUCCAACCCACAGACUUUGGUAGCCCUGAGCCACAACUGAGUGGUCCACAGACUUUCCUUCCAGUGUAUCCAGGUUCCCUGCUCUCUCCCAGCCCAGCACCAACACCAUCUUCACCUGCAAUGCCAUUAGUGCCCUCUCCAGGGGCCACUCUAAGUGCCCAGGCUCCAUCAACUUUUCUACAGUCACAGAAAUUUGAAGUCGGCAAGUCCUCCUCAGUCAUUACCCAUACAGCCUCCGCUACACUCACCCAUGAUGCCUCUGCAACUACUUUCAGCCAGAGCCAGGGACUUGUGCUAACUGCACAACAACCAGCCCCACCAGGACCUCCUUGUAGCUUGACAGUGCCUCCAGCAGUUGGGCCAACCCAAUCUCGCCUGACUUUUGUUCACCCUAAAUCUGUGCCCCUGGCUAGUGGACGGGCCAAGCAACCCCCUAAAAUAGUGCCUGCUCCCAAACCUGAGCCUGUGUCAUUGGUGUUAAAGAAUGCUUAUAUCACCCCAGCUGCCUUUUCAGGACAACCCCAAGCAGUGAUUGUGACCCCUGGCCUUCUGAAGAGAGAAGGGGUAUUGACCUCUACCAUAUCCCAGCCUAAUGUAGUCAUCGCCAGGGCUCCUGGUGUCACUGAAUUCCACAGUGGCAUCCUGGUUGCUGCAGACCUUGGCCAUGCUACCAGCAACCAACCAUCCCCAGCCUCUCGGCUCUUCUCCCCCAGUGCUGUUCAAGACUCCUUGGUGAAGGGCGAGCAGAUCUCACUGCAUGGAAGCAGUUCCCAAAUGGCCUCUCCAUCUUCUAGCAGAGACUGUCCUAACUCUGGCCAGGCCUCUCCUUGUGCAUCAGAACAAAGUCCCAGUCCUCAGUCUCCGCAGAACUGCUCAGGGAAAUCCUCUACAGACCCUCCAAAUGUGGCUGCAUUCAAGAACCGAAGGAUGAAGCACAUCUCAGCCGAACAGAAGAGACGGUUCAACAUUAAGAUUGGCUUUGGCACCUUAAACAGUCUGAUCUCCAACAACUGCAAACUGACUAGCCAUGCAAUCACACUGCAGAAAACGGUAGAAUACAUUGCCAAGCUUCAGCAGGAGAGAAGCCAGAUGCAGGAUGAAGCCCAGCGCCUCCGAGAGGAGAUUGAGGAGCUCAAUACCACCAUCAUCUCCUGCCAGCAGCAGCUCCCUGCCACAGGCGUCCCUGUUACCCGGCGCCAGUAUGAUCACAUGCGGGACAUGUUUGAUGAAUAUGUGAAAAGUCGAACUCUACAGAAUUGGAAGUUCUGGAUUUUCAGCAUCAUCAUCAAACCAUUGUUUGAGUCAUUCAAGGGGAUGGUGUCCACCACCAACCUGCAUGAACUCCACCAGAGUGCCCUCUCCUGGCUGGACCAGCAUUGUUCCCUCCCUGUUCUCAGGCCAAUGGUCUUGCUCACCCUCCGGCAGCUCAGCACUACAACCGCCAUUCUCACAGACCCAUCCCGGUUACCAGAGCAGGCAUCGGAGGCUGUCACCAGAAUCAGCAAGAGGACGGGGGACUCACAGCAUCCUUGAUAGCUCAGGGAUCAAAGGGGCCUGGCUCAAGAGCCAAAGCCCAUCAUCGCAUCCUUUAGGACUUCCCUCUGAUAACGGUGGGCACUUUCAGCGGAAAUGCCAAGCUCAGGGUCGUAGCAGGUUCGGGUCCUGCCAGCAGCAAUAGCCCAUCUGCUGGAACAUUGUGCUUAGUGACUACAAGCAUCCGCCUCCCUGCGAUUCCCACAGCGAGAGCUACUCCAGAAAAAGGGAAACGUCCGGCUUGGGUCGGCUCUUGCCUUGCUGCCGAUACCUCCUUCCCUCUAGGCUGGCUGCCCCGGAGGGUGAUGGUGCCUGCAGAGCUGAGGUGUGGGAUGGUUUCAGGACAAAGGAAGGAAUGUUCCUUCCUUCACAUGAUUAAAAUCUUCAGGCACCCACCCCCAAUUCCAGACUUGGGGACUGGUUUUUGUCUUCUUACGUUGUUUGUGGUUGUAGGGAAGCUUUCUAACUUCUCUCGUUCCACCUCUCCUGAUGUAGCAUUUGGAAGAUGUCUGUCUGUCUGUCUGCUUACAACAUCCAGGUAGUGACUGGCCCCCGUCUGUGGCUU